CAGAGCACCGAUAGAUCGAUCACUCUAAUACGCCACAAGGACGCAGAACACAAUGCGCGUUUAUAGGCUGUUAAAAAUUGCAAAAUUAUAAGCGCCAGAUAUCACUAAUAGAGUUAGAGAUGAUGAUAACGGUGCUACAUGACACGUUUUAUACCUUUAUGACUUGUGACAGUGCUGCUAGUGACGCGUAUCUUUCAUAUUGUUUAAUGAGUCUAAGGACACGUACAUGACAUGUUUGGUCUGAAUUAGCUGUAGUUGUUAGUUAUAGGAGAAGUGGACACGGCACGAGUCAUUUGAAGCAUCAGAAGACCUCAGAGCCAACUGUUCAGGCAGACGCCAUCACAGAACUUCCAACAUGCAGAGAAAGGUCAACAUAACGGGCAAGAGGCCUCAGAAGGCUUUAUGCUCCCGGUGGGCACCAUCCUCUCGACCCUCAUCAUUGGCUUCAUCUUCAUCCUCAUGGCAUCGGCACAGGUCAAAUACUUCAUUUGCACAGAUGGACAGGAAGUACUACAUGCAGUAUUACCCACAUGUCCUCCUGCAGACUGUUCCAACACCUGUGGACAAACCAGAAGAAAACAUCAAUGAAACUCUGAUGCUGGAAAAACACAUGAAUGCUGCAGAAGCUGCAAAUAAGGAAGUUAAGGUAAAACAAACAAAACACACACACAUGGAUACUUUACGUGCUGCAUACAUGGACAGGAAGUACUACUACCCAGAUUGUGUACACUCACAGAAUCUGGAAGCACGUAUGCUUGACAAGUUGAAGGACACCACAGAAGCAAAACUUAAGAAUCUGGAAGCACAAAGCAUGCUGGACAAACUGGCCGAGCUGGGCAAGGACGCUGCAGAAACAAAGCCUAAGGUGGAUCGCUUCGGUGUGGAUCAUUUGGGGUCCGGAGCGCUCGGAGACAUGAGGGUCCUGGUGCUGCUCGCCCUGGUGGUCGCGGCGGCCUCAGCGGAAAACAACGAAACGACAGCGGACGAGAAAAUGGUCAUCGCGAGAGGAAAACUGCUGGCCCCCAGCGUGGUCGGAUGAGGCAUCAAGAAAAUGCCGGAGCUCCACGACUUCCUCAUGGAACGCUGGGCUUUAUACCACAACCUGGAGUACGAUUCCUCAGAGGAGAUCGAUCCCAAGCUGAUUUUUUAUAACGACAAGGACGAAGUGGUCAAGACGGUUCCCGUGAAGGACAUGACGGCGGACGAGAUGAGCCGCUUGCUGGACUCGCUGGGCUUUUACAAGCGGGCCCGGAAGGGGGACGAGGUCCCGGACGAGUUCCAGCGCUUCCCCCUGCAAGUGGCGCGGGAUGAGCUUUGACAGCGGGACGAGCUUUGACGACUUGCAACUGCGUCCCGAGCUUUCAGCAUCCGUGACGAAUGAGACCUCAAGGCCCCAAACAAGAACCCGGUCCCGUUCUGAAGACUCGCUGGGCCGGACGCGCUUUGCGGCGAUCGAAAGCUCAAAAUAAACAUUGGAAACAAAAACC